AUGUCCGGCAAAAGAAUCCUCGACGCCCUCGCGCUCCUCAAUGCGUCUGGAAAUGUCGCUUCGAAGCAUCUCGCCAUCCGCUUGUCCCAAGCCAAACGAUAUGGACAGACUUCAUCUCUCAUCAAAUCUCUAAAGAGACAGGCCCUCCCUGUGCUGUCCACCGCUGUUUCGCGAUUUGGGUCGUCCUCCUCGUCGCAACAACCACCUAGACCUCAAUCUGCGAAAGAAGGAAUUCACCAGGAUCAUUUCUACGAACGCUCCGAACAGAACUCAACUACACAGCCACCCUCUACACAGGCACUGGACAUUGAACAGGUCAAGGCAACAAGGGCACCCUUGCCAGAUGGAACAAUACCUCCCGACGACAGCCCUGCUGCUGGAGGGAAUGAACAUGAAUCAGGCGAUGGAAUGAGCUUUAAUAAGCGACCUGUGGCAGAGACGGCGCAGCAUCCGAUUGAGGCAGACAAUAAUGGCGGUGGCCGCGAUUUGCAUGUCAAGUCAUCGUCCACCCAGUCCACCAUUCCAGACCCGACCCUGGACAGCUCUCUUUCUCCGGACGAGGCUAGAAAACUACAGCGACUGUCCGAAGACCCAAUCCCAGCAAGGACGGCCGAACCUCCCACGAUAGAAGACAAGAACGAAGGAGAAUUUGGGGUAGAACAAGAACAAGAUGUCUUCUACCAACCGCCAGACAGUGUGAAGCCGGUCCUCUCGGCCUUGCCUCGUGUCCGUGUUCCCAAGUCUGAAAACGACGUUCAAGCGGGAGACUCCCACAUUCCUCCAGGUAUCAAUGCCGACGUAUACUAUUCGGGUUCCAAGAAACAAGACCCAUCCGAGCCUACAGAGGAGCAGCUGGCGCAACUCUUCCACAAUCCGAAACAUGCCAAGCUACUGGGAAAGAAGACGGCAUAUCCCCCGGGCUAUGUUCCCGGGUCUAAACGACGGUUUCACAUGACGAGAGUCUACCAGCAAAAGACGUCCAACGGAGAGACAGAAAGCAUUCGACAGUUGGCGGCCGACAUGGCCAAGGAUACGGGCAAAAGCAGAACGGCGCAAGCACAAGUGGCCCAGCCGUAUCAGAUGCGCGAGUCGAGGGUUCCUUCAACAAGAUUUGGCCGGCUAAUUGAGUAUGGAGGACUGGCAGCGUCAAUGGCCUUUGGAGCCGUCAGCGAAAGUAUCAGUCGGUCAGGAGGGCCGGACGGGUCUGUAAUGCUGAGCGCCGCGAACAUGGAACGCCUGGUAGCCAAGUUGUCCAAGAUGCGCGGUGCCGCGCUAAAGCUAGGCCAAAUGAUGAGCUUCCAAGAUGCAAAGAUGCUGCCCAAACCCAUUCAUGAGGUGCUCCAACGCGUCCAAGAUAGCGCAGACUACAUGCCGGCAUCACAGAGAGACGCCGUGAUUGCCUCCAAUCUAGGUCCCAAUUGGCGCGACUUGUUUGAGCAGUUUGAGGAGCGGCCCCUGGCUGCCGCCUCCAUCGGACAGGUGCAUGGCGCCGUCUUGAAGAAGGACGGCCGCCGUGUCGUCGUCAAAGUCCAGUAUCCUGGCGUCGCCGACUCCAUCUCUUCGGACCUUAACAAUCUUUCCCUGCUUCUCACGGCUUCUCGCCUGUUGCCCAAGGGCUUGUAUCUCGAUAAGACCAUUGCCAAUGCCCGCACCGAACUGGCCUGGGAAUGUGACUACGAACGAGAAGCCGAAGCGGCGAAAAGGUUCCGGCAGCUGCUCGCAGAUGAUCAGGAGGCUUUUGCUGUGCCGGAAAUCAUUGAUGAGGCUUCGGGCAAGCAGGUUCUGACCAUGGAGCGCAUGGAAGGGAUUGCAGUCACCAAAUUGAUUUCUACCCUGACGCAAGAGCAGAGAGACUGGAUUGGGACGCAAAUCCUCCGCCUGUGUCUAAGAGAAAUCACCGAGUUUCGGUACAUGCAGACAGAUCCGAACUGGACCAAUUUCUUCUACAAUCCCAAAACCAACAAGCUGGAACUGCUGGAUUUUGGUGCAUCCAGAGAAUACCCUGCAUCCUUCGUCGACCUCUACGUCAAGGUUCUUGACGCGGCUGCGAGGAACGACCGGAAUGCUUGCAGGGACCUCUCCAUCAAGCUGGGUUAUUUGACCGGGUACGAAUCCAAGACCAUGAUGAAUGCCCAUAUCGACUCGGUCAUAACUCUGGCUGAGCCUUUCACGGAUUCGGCGCCCGAUCUCUAUGACUUUGAGAACCAAACCAUCACCGAUCGCGUGCGGAGUUUCAUCCCAGUCAUGCUCAGAGAAAGGCUGGCUCCGCCUCCAGAGGAGACGUACAGUUUACAUCGUAAAUUGAGCGGUGCUUUUCUCCUGUGCGCAAGACUGGGCAGUCGUGUUAGAUGCAAAGAUCUCUUUCAGCAUGCUCUCGUCAGGGCAGGACUGCGGUGA